AAAAAUUAUUAAAAAAUAAAAUAAAAAAAUAUCUACUUUAAUGUCUGAAGUUCUAGGCGGAUUACUUGGAAAAUGUGCAGAAAUAAAAAGAGCUGAAUAAUUUAAAAAUAUUGUUCAAAAGCAAGAAAAAUCUUAAGCUGAUAUAUAAUUCAUUAUAAAAUACAUAGAUAAUACAUUUUAAAAAGAGCAACUUUAAAAAUUAACUGGAUAAUUUGAAUUUACUGAAUAUAAUAAUAUUCUAGAAAAACUUGAAUGCUAAACUUUAAAAGAAAAUUAAAAUUUAUAUGAAAAUAGCAUAUCUUGUAAUGAUUUUGAUUUACUUUUUGUAGCAUACGGUAAUGUAAAAGUUGUUUAUGGUCACUAAGAAUAACAAUUAAAUGAUUUUAAAAAAUUUUAAAAUGGUGAAAUAAUUUUAUUAGAUUAAUAAUUUACUGAGUGCAUUUUAGGAAAAAUUGAAGAUAUAAAUAAUGUUUAUUUUAACUUAAUUGCUUAAAAUGAAUGUUUAAUAGCAAGAGUUAAUAGAAGGUUUUUUAAUGAUAUUUACAAUAAAAGUUUAGAAAAAUUCGAAUAACAUUUUAAAGAAAAAAUAAACUCAUUAAAAUAAGUUUUUCCCAAUUUAAAAAAAUUAGACUAAGCGACAUAAAUGAUAAAAUCAAAAUUUUUCUAACCAUAUUGUCAAUAGACUUACGGAACAGUUAUUUCCACUACUACUAGUGGUUCAAAUGAUUUAUUUUUGAUUGCAAAAGGAAAAAUUUUAAUAUGGGUUCCUAAAGCUAAAAUAAAUAAUGAUUAUAGCAAAGAUUUUAUUAUUUUGGGACAAAUAUCAAAUAACUAAAUAUUUAAUGAAACUAAUGCAUUAUUUAAUAAAGAAUGCAUUUAUGGAGCAAUAAUUGUAACUAAAAACGAUGAAAAUGAAAUAUAUUAAAUAAAAAAAGAAAACAUAGCUUAAAUAUCUGAAAAUUUAGAUUUACUAAAGGCAAAUUGUGAAAUAAAAGAAAGAAUGUACAAAAACCAUAUAAAAAGAUACUAAGGCUACAAAUUAGAAAAACUGGAAGAAAAAUAAAUAGAAUUAUGUCAAAAAUACAAACUAGACUUUAACGAAAUAUUUGAAAUAUUCAAAAAAUCAUCCAAAAACAAAAAAAUAGUUACACACAAUAUAAUAAACAAGCAAGACUAUAACAAAAAUAUGGAACAAUUUAAUUAAAUCGUUAAAAAUUCGAAUUUUAAAAGUACAGAAAUGUAAGGAGAUAGAGAGGAUAUAGCAUCAACAGUAACUCCUAGAUUGGUCUCUAAAGGAAUAAGAUAAAUGGAUUCAGCUGCGCAAAUAUCUUUACUUGCUUUAAGAUCUAUAGGCAAAGAUUUAAGAGAAGGUUUUUUAUUAUUAAUAAAUUUUUAUUUUAUAUAUAUAUUUUAGGUAAUAGAGGAGUUAAUUAAAAAGUUUCUGAUGUUGAUGCUAAAAAAUUGUUUUAAGAAUAAACAGAAAUAGAAAAAAAGAAUAUGUAAAAUGAAGGACUUUUGAUAAAAAAAAAUAUUUAAUAAAUCGAUUUAUAAAGCAAAACAAAUGAUAAAAAAAGCUUAUAGUAAAAAUUUGGUUAAGAUAAUACAAGUUUACUACAAAAAUUUGAUAUAAAUAUAAAAUAAAACAAUCAAUAAAAUAAAGAAACACCAAAAGUUGUAAAAAUGUCAGAGUUUUCUUUAAAUUAGUCAAACGGAAUAUAAUUAAAUAAAGCAUUUUUAGGAAUUGCUAUAGAAGAUAUUUAAGACAAGGAUAAUAAGCCACAAUAAAAUAAAGAUAAAUUUUAAG